CAUACAAUUUUCUAAGGCUCCUUUUUUGGUCGAUCACUAAAACAGAGUGAGUACUAAGCCACACAGCAUAAAAAAACAAUCAUUUCCAAAAAACCCUUCAAUUCACAAAUGGAUUCUUCUUUCAUCCAAUACCCAAUUUCAGAGUAUUCGCCGGAAUCUUCAUUCGGCGAGAACUCGCCGACCCAAUCUCUCUCUUUGGAGGAGAUUUUUUUCAGUCAAAAUUCCCUUCCAUUCAAUGUCAAUGACUCGGAGGAAAUGCUUCUUUUCGAUAUGAUAGCCGAGGGAGCAAGGGAAAGGGAAUCAUCGGAAACCAAUUCCUCCUCCGUCGGAGUGAAGGAAGAAGAAGUCACUUCCAAUGCGAAGAAGGAAUUGAAGAAGGAAAAGUCGUAUAGAGGGGUACGAAGGCGGCCUUGGGGGAAAUAUGCGGCGGAGAUAAGGGAUUCCACGAGAAAUGGAAUUCGGGUUUGGCUUGGAACGUUCGAUACCGCGGAGGCAGCUGCCAUGGCGUAUGAUCAAGCCGCAUUUUCAAUGAGGGGAACCAUGGCCGUCCUCAAUUUUCCGGUGGAGAGAGUCCGGGAAUCGCUCCGGGACAUGAAGUGCGGUUGUGAGGAUGGUUGUUCCCCGGUGGUGGCGCUAAAGAAGAGACACUUGAUGAGAAAGAAGUCAGUGAGUAAAAAGAAUAAAGUGAAAGAGGUAAAAGUAAAUGUAGAUAAUGUGGUAGAGGUAGUAGUACUAGAGGACUUGGGAGCGGACUAUCUAGAAGAGCUACUAGGUUCAUCUGAGGUUGCUAGUCCUUGGUGAAUUAACCCAAUUCCUUUCUUUUCUUUGUUAAUUUACUUCUCUUUUUUUUCUUUUUCUUUUUCUUUUUCUUUUUUUCCUCUUUUAAAUUUUGAGUUAUCUUUUCUUGUAGUAAUCCAUAUCUUAAUUAGUGUAUAUGUGAAAAGCCAAAAAGGUGGUGUUUGAUCCAUUUUAAAGUUGGUUACUUUUCAUCAUUUUUUUUUUUUUUUUUUGGUUGUAAAUCAUAAAAAUGAUGAAAUGUCAAAGUAGACAAUAUCUCUUGUCUACCUUAAAAUGUAUAACA